AUGGCCGAUCGCACGCAGCCAUUGGUGCUGCACCACAAGAACCCGGUGCCGUCCUACGUGCCCAACACGUGGCGGUGCUCGAUGCUGCACAAUGCGUGCCUCACGCUGUCCACGCCGCAGCCGGCGUGCUCCGCUCGAUGCCGCAAGCGACCGUGGCGGCUGGACGUGUACGGGCCGAACGCGUCAUCGCAGGUGCGCCAAGUCCUCGCCGAGCGCCGCUUCAUGCGUGAUCCCAUCGAAAGCUUUAAGUUGCGCCCCCUCCAGCGCGACGUCCACAACAUGAGCGCCGGAGCGGUGCCGCCGUCACCCAUACUGCGUGGCGAGGCCGGAGGCCUCACGAUGAUCUGGCCCGUUUUUGAGCCUUCUUACGGCGACUUUUGGCGCGACACGAUGCUGCCGCUCGGGCACCUGCUCUCGUUGGGACGGCUGCCGCACCGACUCGGCUUUUCGGGGCUGCCGACCGGCUCGGGCGCGCUGGCGAGGACUAAUGCGGUGGAGGGGCUCGAGCGGAUACGCAGCGUGUGCACCUUUGAGCGGACGUCGCCUCGCACAUUGCGGUGCGAGGACGCGUGCUACGAGAGCGUGCGGCUGUGCGAGAUCCUCCCGCACAGCUCGUUGCGCGGAAGUGCCGCGUGGCUCGCCAUGGCGUCUCUCGACGCCGCGCUCGGCUUCGAGGUGCCGCAGCUCAAAACGAGCGCCGUCUCGGCCGAGCCGGGCGUGCUGCGUGCACGGUACGCGCGCCGGUUCAUCCUCAACCUGAACGAGGUGGUGGCUGCGUGCGACGGCUUGCUCCUUGGCGGUUGGACGCUGCGAUGCGAGGCGCACGCCCUCGCAGGAAUGUCGCUGCACGCCGUGGUCGCCAAGAUGCGGCAGACGGACGUCUUUGUCUCGAUGCACGGCGGCGAUUGCAUCAACGCGCUGCACAUGCGCCCCGGCCGCGCAGUGAUCGAGCUGGUCAACCAUGGGUUUGAGAAGGCGCCGUGGGUGUGGCUGGACCAGUACAUGCGGCUCGUCAAGAGAACUUUUCGCGUGCGGCGCAUCGUGCUGCCGUCCACUUCGGGCCAACGAGCUUCGGGCAGCAACCAGACGCAGAACUGGAAGCAGAUGCAAAAGAAUUUCGCAGACGCGUGGAACGCCAACGGCACUCUGCCAUGGCCUCGCUUGCGCGACGAGCUCCAUGCCAUCGGAGUGGACGAACCACCACCCAAGUACGGCACGUUGGUGGUGCUGGUGCCGUACUUUGGAGCCCCGCCGCCGUGGCUGCCGAUUGCGCUCGCGUCGAUGGGCGGUCCCAACGCCGAGUUGGUCCGGUUCUUCAUCGUGGGUGAUGCGUCGGUUCCACCGGACGUCUCGGUGCCGUCGAACGUGCGCUUUGUGCCGGCGGAAUGGGACGAGGUGCGCAGGCGGGUGCGCGAGAAGCUGGGCGUGGACAUGCCGUACGACUCGCCGAGCUACCAGUGCAAGGGUUGCGUGAUGUACAGCUCAGACCGCGCGGCUGCUAAUGCGAGCGUUCUGGCGGCCGAGGCGAAGGCGAGGGUGGCCGGGAGUUUGCUCCACCACAGCAACAAGGUGACGGACCUCAAGCCCUUCAUGGCGGCUCUGUGGCCCGAGUUGCUAUGCGCCUGUAACUCUGACGCCGCCGGCCGUCGCUCCCAGGUCGACUUUCCCGUCAGCGCCCAGUCGAAGGAGCAGCGUCGCCCUCCUAUCCCCGGGGCUCGGCGCGUCCUCAUCCUCCUGGAGCAGCCUCUGCGCCUUGACCGCCUCUACCCGCUCGCCAAUCUGCUUGGCCGGUGA